AUGAUAAAUGGAAGAUGGGAAGCCUCGAAACGAAAAAACAAAUAUUAUAUUGAUAAGGAUAAAAUUAAUGGUUUAGUUUGUACACAAAUAGAAGAAAACAUUUAUAAUGUUCAAUCUAAAGAAAAUAAUUAUAUUGUUAAUACAGAAAUUGAAAGUUGUACAUGCUAUAUGGGCAAUAGAGGUGGAUCUUGUAAACACCAAUUGGCUGUUGUAACGCAAUUUGCCCUAAAUUCGCAGCAAUUCCAUCCUACUUUAAUUAAUAGUGACUUCAAAGAACUUUUGCAUAAGGUUGUUUAUGGUGUUAACUGUGAAAUAGAAGGAUGGUACUUAAAUUUGAAUGACACCAAAGCUAAUGAAGUUGUCAAAAUUAAUAACAAUUCAUCAGCUAUUGAGGUACCCAGUUGUCGCUCUCCAGAUUUGCACAAUAUCGACAUUAAUUUAAAUGAUAUUUCACCGAUAUCAACUAUUGAAAAAGAUAAAAUUCGUGGACAACUUGAACAUUUUGUUGAUUUACUUAUGAACAGGUUUGAAAAUAAUUUUGAUGAAUUCAAUCAACCUAUUUUAAAAUUUUUAAAGAAUGUGGAAUCCUGUAAAACAAAUUCAUCUCUUACAAGUGCAUUGUGUACGUUUGUUGCAUAUAACAGAGCAGCCACUAUGGAGGUUUCGGUGAACUCGUUUAGAACAACGGGACUAUUUCCGCUUAAUAGAAAUAUUUUCCGAGAUCAUGAUUUCUCAGUGUUCGAAGUUGAGGAGAAAUUAACAGUCCCUGAAGAUACUGUAAGUCGUCCUCCACCGGGAUCUUCCACAGAAUCUAGAAAUAUUGAAUAUACUUCAGGAAAAUCAGAAGGUAUCAGUUGCAUUAAAACAGCUUUAGAUAAUCCCCGUCCAGGAACUUCCAAAGAUUCUAGCGAUAUUGAGGAUGCCGCAGAUGAUCCACGGCCGGGAAAUUCAAAAGAGUCCAAUGAUCAGGGGGCUGUAAAUAGUUCUCGUAAAGCCGUCAAAUACCUUUCAGAACCUACAAAGCUUGUCAGUCCAGUGCAGAUAAAACAUCUUCCCAAAAUAAAGAGCAAGAAGCCCAGUGCUCGUGCAGGCAGUGCAGCAUUGAUUACCUCAUCUCCUUACAAAGAUGAUUUAACAGAAAGUUUGGAUAAGAAACGUAAAAAGGAAGAUUCCGCAAAACAUAGCAAAGUUACAUCAGUUACAAAGAAGGUUAAGUUUGACGAUGCAAGGGAAGCAAAGUUUCGCAAACCAAAAAGUACUAAACGGUUUAAAAAGAAGAGGGCCGAUUUAAGUGACAGCUCAACUGAUGAAAGCGAUGACUUGGGAGAAGUUGUUGUUGAUGAUGAGAGUGAUGGUGACGAAAAUUAUGACGCAGAAUGCCUCUUCUGCACAAGCAUGUAUUCUGCAGACAAGCAUGGUGAACAGUGGGUUAGGUGUACAGUGUGCUACAGAUGGGCCCAUGAAGAUUGUGGUGCAGAAGAUCCUAUCUUUGUGUGCCCAAUGUGUGAAAAAAGACAGAAAAAGUAA